AUGCAGCAAAUUGGAGCUCCUCUCGGCCGAGAGGAGUACAACGCUGAAGAAUGGGUCCCUCCCGUGGUUGACUACUGGAAUGAAUUGUAUUCAGGCCGGUUUUGUUUUAAAGUAUUUAUAUUUGAUUGCCUGGGUCACUAUAAACCCUGUUUUAAGUAUGGCCCCGAAAAUUAUAAUUCUCCCCUACUCCUUUAUUUUGACGGCGCCCAUUUUAACGGUGUAACAAGUACAGGAGGUCUUUUCGGGCAACCCUAUUGUUUGGAGUGUGAAACUGUUUAUGGGCGUCCUCAAACCCAUUCUACGACAUGUAGGGCGCGUUGUCUGAAUUGUUCCCGUGUUGGUCCGCUUUUCCCUUGCCCUCCAAGGAACAGUUUUUCCAAAAAAUGUACUGGAUGCUCCAAGAAGUUCAACAAUGAGGACUGCUUUGAUCAUCAUCUGAAUUCGAAAUUUUGUCAAGUGUCCAGACUUUGUGAAAAAUGUGGGAUAAUAUGGGAUACGAGGGACAAUAGCAGAGGAGGCAGGAGUGGACAUGUAUGUAAUGAGCGGUACUGUUCAACUUGCUCUGGAUAUCAUGACCCAAAGCGUGGCUGUUUCAUUAAACCUCUAGAGUCCAAAGUUCAAAAGCCAUACCGAUUUGUAGCUUUUGAUCUUGAAACCAUGCAACACGUUUCAUCUGGCAACAAAAGAAAUCACCAAGCAAACUUCAUCGCAGCGAGAGUCACUUGCCCCAAAUAUUAG